AUGAAUUUCAACGGGUUCCCGCCGAAGAAGAGCACCGAGAAAUACGUCAAAAUGAGGAAAAAUAUGAGAUCCAUCGCAUGCUGGGCGCUGCUCCUGCUGAUUCUGCUGCUGGGCUGCGGAUUAAGCCACAGCUUCCCGGAGCCAUUUAUUUCAACAAUUGAUACCGACGCACCAACCGUUGCACCGAAAUUUAUGACUCGAGGCCAUCUCUACAAGGCUAUCAUCGGGGACUCGAUCGAGCUUCCGUGCCGAGUAAAGGACCUUGGAUCCUACGUGCUGCUGUGGCGACGGGGGACCUCCGUCCUGACGGCGGCUAAUUUAAUGGUGACACGUGAUCCGAGAUUCAAGCUGGUCGAGGGCUACAACCUGCAGAUAGCGAACGUGAAAAUUCAGGACGCCGGUGAUUAUAUUUGCCAGAUCGGUGAUAACGAAAGCCGGGAUCAGGUUCAUACGCUGGAAAUACUCGUCCCACCGACGAUACGGGUCGUUCCGCAGAAUCGACAAAUCACGGCCCGGAAAGGCAGCACCGUAACUCUGGAAUGCAAGGCAUCCGGCAAUCCGGUUCCAGCAAUUUACUGGCACAAGAAGGAUGCCUUCACCGGAGCGUCACAUCUGUCCGAGAGUCCGACGCUGGUGCUGGAACGUGUCGAUCGGCAUCAUGCCGGCGUCUAUCAGUGCACCGCCGACAAUGGCGUCCGGGAAGCGGUCCACGUUGACAUCGAGGUGACCGUGCUGUCUCCACCCGACAUUACGGUCGAGAAAACGUGGGUCCACGCCAGCGAGGGCUUCGACAUCGAUCUGGCGUGCAUCGUGCACGGUGACGUGAACUCUGAGAUGCUGUGGUACCAGAACUCUUUCCUGCUGGACCCGACCGACCGUCGAUCGAUGUUUUCGAAGGCAGACAAAUAUACGCUCAACAUACGGAACUUCCAACAGUCGGACUUUGGCAACUACAGCUGUGUGGCCGACAAUGCCUUGGGCCGCACGAAGAAGUACAUCGAAGUUUCUGGCCGUCCCGGGCCGGCCGCGUUCCUGUCGCCGGCCUACAGUAACUAUCUGGAUCGCUACAAUCUCACCUACACGAUAGAAUCCAUCCCGCCGCUGGACGAAAUCAAGCUGCUCUACCGAAAGCUGAUGAUGAACGAAACAUAUCAACAUCCGGGCAGCUGGGAGGACACGAUUUUAGUGCCAACAUUAACCAGAUCCGAUGCGACCCAUUUUAUUAUGUCGCAUGUGAUAAGGGGACUCUCGCCGAACUCGGUCUACGAGGUCAUGAUCCAGGCCCGGAACGUGCACGGCUGGAACGAGAUCAGUGAUAUUCACCAGUUCUACACGCGCAAUUUCGAUCUCAGCCCGAACGAGCUGGAAUUCGUAAUGAGCUCGAUCUCGAACAACGGCCAACCGAAGUCGGGCGUCGCGUCGGAAUCCUGCUACCGGCUGCUGCUUUCGGCACUCGGGCUCGUGCUCAUCAUCUCCACCGGUGCCGUUGGGUCGGGAUUCGUUUAA